AUUUUGUUGCCGAAAUCGGGGGGUGCCGAAAAAACAUAAUUCCAAAGGCGGAAUUGCACUGUACUUUCAUUCGUUGUCAAUCUGGUUCAUUCAGUUCGUUGGCGUCGUCACGGCAUACACAUCGCGGGCGUCGUUAGCAUCGUUGGCGCGUAGCGACGUUUGUUACCGGGGUUACUGCACUUGAUGUUUAUUUGCCCUUUCAAAUCAUUCUAGAAACUGUGUAUCAGUAUAAAAGUCUGGAGGUCUGUUGUAGCCACUUUUAAUUCUACGCAUAAUGGUUCUCUUACAUGUAAAACGCGGCGACGAAAGCCAAUUCCUCUUCGAAACGAAUCUGUCCAUUCCAAAUGAGCAGCUAUCACUCGAGCUAGCCACCAUUUAUAACGGGCGUUUGAAAGUUAGCCGUGUUUGUUCUGAAAUCGAACAACUCUCCAAUCAUGGAAUCAUGCUUCCGCCAGAUAUGUUGGGUUUAACCGAUGAACAAGUUGAAGAAUUGCACCUGGUAGAUGAAUGGGCGGACACAUGUAUCCCCUCAGGAGGUUGGACACCAAAUCCGGACCCAGUGGGCCGCCGAAAUGGACGACAACCGCAAGAAAAGAUGCAGGAUAUUUUGGAAAAGGCCGUUUCCGACGCCAGACUAAUGAUUUCCAAAAAGCAAAUCGAUCAAGGCAUGGUAAUGCAACAAAAAAUAGUACAAGAUGCUUUGGAUUUGCUGCGUGGUGCAGUAACUAUCGUGUAUCCGAUGCAACUGCCUCCUCAUGAUCCGAUACGAAUGGAGUUUUCAAAUACGGAAGAUUUAACCGGAACUCAGGCUUCUCUCGAAGUGAUUGAGCCCGCUAAACUACAGCUGUGGUUUGCCGGAAAGUUGAUGCUUCCGGAUCGAAAGCUAGGCGAAAUAAUUGGGAACAAUGAGAAAACCAAAAUUAUUAUCAAGCUGUCGAAAAUCAACGAAGGCGCGCCGGGACGUGAACCGGUAGUGUCCGAGGAGGCCAAAAAGCAACUGAUGUUGCAGGCUUAUCGUCGUCAGGAGGAACUCAAGAAACUUGAGCAAGACGAUGACGACCAGUAUCUCAACUCCUCCUGGUCCGAUAGCUGCAGUUUGAAGCGCCAAGUGCACGGGUUAGAUGACGUUAAGUUUAAAUUUACUAAGUAAGGGAAAGCUUUUCUUAUGAGUAUCAAAAGACAGCAAAUACAAAAAAGCAAACGAGAUAUUUUCAGUGUCCAGCAUGCGCAAUAAACCUUAUAAAUGAGGACAAGCUGCAAAACAUAUUUUAAUGAUCGCAAAGAACCGUAAGCUCAUUUUAAGAGGAUAUUCUUAUCUAUUACUACAGCAGCAACAAAGAAUAUGCACAAAAAAGGGACAGACUAUUAGAAUCUAUGGAACGAAAAAAAAAACGUGCGAGAUGUUUUAGUUGACGCGUAGCCUAGACGUUACGUUUCAAAAUACAUCAGAUUUGAAACCAAAGAGGCAAGUUGUUGAAGUAAGUCAAAAAGACAAAAUGUUCGAAAUAAUCCUUUAUCACAUUUGCUUCAUGGAUUCAAAUAAUCUAACUUAAUUGUGAAAAACUUUUCAAGCUGCAUAUUUCUGGAAUUAUUUGCGAAAUGGAAGGUGUAAGGAAACAGGAUACCAUUUUGCAAAGUAAUAUUUGUCUUGAGGUGAGAAUUUUGUAACAAACAUUACUUACUUAUUAACAUUAAAACAGAAUUCACAUACAUACAAUAUUCACAAGUAAUAGUUAUAUGGAGUUACAACUAUUGUUGCAAAACAGUAUAUAAACCUGAGAUGUUAUGUAGGAGGCUGGCCUUACGUUCGUUUUAGAGGGCAAGUGUGCCCUUCUGCCAAUUUUAUAGAAUUGUGUAAUAAGUCAGCCUUGUACAACUGAGAUCUUACUUUGAAGGCAAUAAAUAGAAACCCACCAAGUAUAUCUCUGUCCACGAAGCAUUGUUCAUGCAUUCUGUCCAACAAAAGCUCAAAAAUACCCACUUUUGAUAUUCCUUCCAAUUCAGGUAAAUCUAGAAAUAUGUAUGCUUGAAAAAUAAAAUCGUUUUUUUUGUAGCUUUAUCAGUUGAUAUUAUUUACUUAAUUAAAUUAUAAUCGAUAUAAGAAACGUCUUCGAGGAAUGACGCUUUUAUUGAUAGAUUCUGAUAGUUCUAUGGGCUAUUAAAGCUUAAUGGAGAUAUUUGAACAGAUUAUAUAUCAAACUGUCAUGAUACAGCAUAGCCGUAACCUGGCAAAAUGACGUGAGCGCCGUUUUUAGUUGUCGAAUGUCUUAAUAUACUUGAAAUUUAUCUUCAAAAAACCCAUUUCAAUGGUAAGAUUACUAACUUUCGACACGUUUACAGAUAUUGGCAGACUUGCGUGAGUACAAAAAAUGACGAGACAAAAAUUUCUAAAAUAAUUUCUUCAUAUGUUCGACAAAAGUACGGAAUUUCUCAAUGAUGUAAAGGCCAGGUUAACGAUCAACGCUCCGUCAUCGUAAUCAUCGUCAUAAUCGAAACUUCAAAAGCAGUUUUUCCGUUCAAAAUUGAAAAUUAUUCGAUGAAAAUGUGUUCACUGAGUUUCGGUUGGAGAAUAGAAUACAGUGAACACAUUUUCUUGUAAAUUUGCUUGAUUGUGAACGAAAAAACUGCUUUUGAAAAUUCCAAAAUCAAUGACGGAUCCUGCCCCCUUAAGGCAGAGCAGUUUAAAUUAUGUAAUCACAAAACCUAACAUUAUGUAUUUUUUUUUAUUGUUCAUUGAAAACUAGAGACUUUCAAUUGAAUAUUUAUUUAUGUACUUUAAUAACUGAAAGAAAUGUUAUUAGUUUUAACAGUUUUGAUUCUGCACAACUUGUUCGACGUUGUGUAUCCUCCCAAAAGUAGAGUUUAUUUGCCUGAAAGCUAAGGCUACACUGAACCAUUCAAAGUUUGAUUUUGAGAUUGGUGUGAGAAUGUUCGCCCGCGCAUUUAGAUGCGAAUAUUGCUUUUUGCAAUGAAUGCUACGAAAAUAUUGUCAUGAAAUCUACCAUAAAAAUUAUAUAAGAGUCAUUAGUGGAAGUAUGAGACAAAUGCUCUGCGCUAUAUUUGAACAUUCAUUGAAAAAUCUUUGAUGAAAUUUCGAAAUAAUACAAUGUAAUGACUGGGUAAGACGCUGGAGGAAUUAAUCUUGGAGAUUUUCUUUGGUUCAUAUGGGCCUUUUUCGCCAAAAAGGAUGGCAAAAGCGUCUAAAUUUGUCAUUUUGUCAGAAAUUGGCUUAGCCCAUGUCUGACUCUAGUUUAAAUCUAAUAUGAAAUCAUGUGUUUUCAAAAACAGAAAAUAUUAUUAAUAUGUUCUGAGAGCUCUCUCUCAACCCAAUUUAAAUAUAGAAGAAUUUAUAUGAACAUGUACGAGCAAAUCAUUCUUUAAAAGUAUAUGAUUAUUUCAUUCACAGGUGAUUCAAAUUGUUCUCAACUUUUGCCAAUUGAAAUGUCUCUAAUUAUUAAGAACUUUACUUUAUAAUUUUGCUAAUAGGUAAGUACAAACUGUUGAGGGCAUACGCCAUUUUUUCUAUUACGAAAUUCGAAAAAAAGUUGCUUACUUUAAAACCUCUAUAAAACGCGACACGUAAACAAACAAUUAUGUCAGAACGCUACUGUUUCAAUUUGCAAUGUGUGCAAAAUAUUUCAUUUCAACACUCAUACCAUCAUGGAAGAUUUAAAAAAGCAUUAUGAACAUAAUAAAUCAGAUCUAUUAAUAGAGCUAGGCGAUACAAAACUAAAACCUAAUAGCUUGGCUGAUUAUUAUAGAACCUUAAAACGAGUAAAACGAAUAACAAAAAGCUGCAAAUAAAUAACAAAUGACUUAAGAAAGCGAUGAUUUUAAAAUAGAGGAAACAAAAUCAUACAAUCAGCAUUGCGAGACGUAAAUUAGUUUUAUUCUAAAC